AUGGGUGCUAGGGUUCCCGUCCAGCACUACAAUCUCAACUCUCCCUCUUCCUUCAUCGAGAGCCCUCUCCACGUCCUCAACGCAGUCGACGCCCGAACCGCCGCCUCCGCCAUCGACCACAUCACCUCCGAAGACAACCCCAACGAAGAUUCCGCCUCUGCAGUUGACUGCUUGAACGAAUCUCACAGGAGCUGCUUGCCGCUUCACAGCGUGGAGGUAGACGAGGACCGCGCCAGUCUUGACACCAACGAGUCUUCUAGAACAACCUCUUACGAUAUCUUGACCGUUGAAGAUGUUUCGCCUAUUGAAUCCGCAAGGGCGAGGUUUUUGCAAAUUCUUGUGGACCAUUUUAUUAAUGACCGUGUGAUUGAGGUGCCUGAUUCUGAGGCUGAUUACGCUGGCCAAGACAAAAUGAGUAAGAGGAGGACCAGAGAGAUCCAGUAUGAAGGAGACCCAAAUUUUGCGCUGCCUUUGAUGUAUGUGGCGAAUAUGUAUGAAAGUUUAGUUAGUGAUGUGAAUAAUAGGCUUUCUUCCUUGAAUGGUAUUCGGGAGAAGACAAUUGGGGUAGCCCUUGAAGCUGCCGGUGGAUUGUAUAGAAGACUGGCUAAGAAAUUUCCUAAAAAAGGACCAUAUACAUUUAAGAGAAGAGAAUUGGCGACUUCUAUGGAAACAAGGACAAGAUUCCCAGAACUAGUUAUACAAGAAGAGAAGCGUGUUCGAUUUGUGGUAGUUAAUGGGUUAAGAAUUGUUGAAAAACCAAAUAAUGUGCCCAUUGAUGAUGCUGAGUGGUAA